AUGUUCGGCCGAUCGAUGGCACUGAAUCAAUAUUUGGCAUGGGUAUACGUGGGUGACGUCAGCGGCGUCCGUUUGAUUUGUCGCCUCAUUUGCCCGACCGUCGGUCGUCGUCGUUUGCUGGAUGGGUGGGUCCAGCGAAGAAUGACAUCGUCAGUGAUCAUAAAUCAUCCGUUUCCUCCUCUUCAUUCCUCUCGUCAGUGA